GCUAGAAGAACGGUAAUGUAGACCCUAGGCAGCAAUCACAACAACUGGUGAAAUUAACGAUUUGUGAAGGCAGCUUGAGCAAACGUACGGUUGGAUUCCUUGAUAAAUAAUAAUUACUCAUCAUGAACGUGGGCUUUGCUCUCGUUCUCAUCUGGUCUCUCACAAUAACCAAUGUGCUUGCAGAGCUACCUGUACCUCAGAACCUGACUCUGCUCACCCUGAACACAGAGUACCUACUAACAUGGGACUGGGACCGGGACCAGACGACCACAGGCAACACUGUUACCUUCACUGCAGAGUACAUGGGGAAGUACAAGAUGCAGAGGAAGAAGAAGAACUGGAGCCGUGUGUGUGAGAGGACCAUACAUACCCACUGUAACUUCACAGGCUCUGAUCUGCACUACCUGGGCAUGUAUGUGCUCAGGGUCCGAGCCAGUGCAGACGAACUGAACUCAGACUGGGUCCUUAAAGACUUCUGCCCCGAUAAAGACGCUGCUUUGGGCCCACCGUCCAGGGUGGAGCUGGCUCCUGUGGGGAACCUGCUGGACGUGACCAUCUCUGACCCCCUGACCAGCACCCAGGGCUCCAUGAAGGAUCACGUCCUCUCCCUGUAUUACCACAUCCUGUACUGGAGCCUGUCCGAUGACCCUCGGGGUCUGAAGCCUAAUGUGGUGAACUCUAUCAACAACCUGGUGACGCUGCCUGAGCUGGAGGCCUGGACGUGGUACUGUGUCAUGGUUCAGUCUCGCUACGACUACUACAACAAGACAAGUGGCUACACAGCACCCCAGUGCAUGCAGACAGAAGGUGACACCCAGUGGUGGCAGAUCUUCCUGUACUUCCUGGUCUCCCUGGUAGUAUGUUUCCUGCUGGUGCUGCUGCCCUACACCUUCUUUAGGUUCUACAAAUACACCUUCUACCCCACCAUCCAGCUGCCUGCAUACAUCCAGGAGUACCUCUGUGACUCCUCCCUCGGCUCUGAAAUGCCCAUUCUCCUCACUCCUGAGUCGGAGCUGUGCUGUGAUAAUCUGAGCGUGUACGCCGAGGUGGUGCUGCUGGAGAUCCACAUCCCUCCCUUCACAGCUCCCCCCUCAGGGCUGCAGCAUGACAGCAGCAGGCAUAGCCGCCAGGGCAGUGAAGGCAGCGGGGACUCUGGGGUCUACUCCACAGAGGGAGGCUCCGGCCAGCAGGGUUCUAGUGGUGGGGGUGAGCCAAUCAGGAGAGACAAGGAAGUGGAGAAGGUCAAGCUGGAGGAGAUGGGGGAAGAGCCUGGAGACGAAGGAGUUCCGGAUGAGGGAGUUGUGGAUGUGUGCGUCUGAGGAGAGAUGGAGAGAGCGAGAGGAGAGCUGGGUGGAAAGACCGUAGGUGAUGGUUGAAGAAUUGUAGUAGGGAAAGGAGGAGGGUCAUACAGAAUGUUCUCCGAAGUCUGUCUUUCUACCCCUCCUCAAAGGACACUUUGAAGUUGAUGACAUCUCGCAGAUUAAAAGACACAUCUCAAAAGUAAGGGUGUAACGGUAAACGUAUUCAUACCAACUCGUUCGGUAUGGGGGACCUCUGUUCAGUCCGCACUGUGAACCCAGAUUAAAACAUAAACAAUUUUACUGUACCAGUCAAACGUUUGGCCACAUACUCAUUCCAGGGUUUUUCUUUAUUUUUACUAUUUUCUAAAUUGUA